GACGUGAAGUAACUUUGAAUGGCUUAACAGUGCAUCGCACGCUUAUUAUACAAAACGCAAUACUUUUUCCGAUUUAACUUAGUCAGUGCGAUUAUUUCAUUAUUGUCAGCGGCUCUUAGUAGUGUGCUGCACUGUGAAAUGAAGCAAUGCUGUUGCCUGCUUUACCUGCUCUGAUAAGGAUAACUACCAGACUGAUGUGUUUUACACCGCAAGGACUGACUUCCCUUUAAACUCUUACAGGACAUUAGGACUAAGCAUUUUAUUUUACAGGGCACUGAGUUUAUAAAGCAUUGAGCUGCAGCAGCACAGUGGCUCCCCCUCAGGCCAGUUGCAGUAUUGCAGCGCUGCCAAGCAACAUCUACUUCGUGGCCACACAUGAAUGUUACAAGAAGUUAAGAAGGUAAACUUACAAUCAAGAGGUGGCGAGGUGACAGGCAAGACGUAUGACAUGGAGGUCAAAAGUCACAUGAUAACAGGCCCUGAUCUGCAGGCUGGUUUGGACAGUAAGCAGCGUGCUGAGCGGAUGGUCGAGCUGCAGGAAAGACGCAGGAGUCUGCAGUCACUGCUCAACACACGAUUAGCAGAACUCAGACACGUUUGUCUACAGGAGGCGGAACUGACAGGAGAAGUUCCUCACGAAUAUCCCCUUGAAACCGGAGAGAAGCCCCCUCUCGUGCGCCGGAUAGUUGGUUUGUCCCACAGUGGUUCCAAACAUAACACGAAAAAUGAGGAAGAGGACUCACAGCGAAAGACAAAGAAAACUCUGUUCAGUGGCGCCCUCCGCAGGCAUGUGGAUUCAGAACAGCAUCCUCCACAUGGCAAAAGAACAGUUCACAGAGGAUGCCACACAGAUAACACGGUGAAGUCAGAGAGCAGCUCCACGUCAGAUUCAACCAAUCAUGACACUGAAGAAGCCUCUGACAGUCUGUCGCCCCGGCUGGUCUUGGGGAGUCCAGACAACAGGUUUUCUCGUAAACUCUCCCCUGUGGAGAUCUACUACGAGAUUAAAACACGCCGCAACUCCGUGACCAGCUCAGCCAGCCCGAAUCACUCUCUUACAAGGAGUGUGUCCAAUUUGGAAGGUAGAAGUGUACCGGCAACUCCACUCCUGUCCCGGAAUGGAAUAACAGGAGUCCACAUCAGGUCAGAAUCAUCAGGCGGCACUGCUGCUGUGAAGCAGUGGUCAGACAAUCCCGAGGCACCGCAUCUGGUAUCUUUACAGUCUCAGGAGGGUUCCUCCUCAGGGUCCUACGAGCAGGGAGGUGGCCCACACAGCUCUCAUACACGACGCAGCAACAGUUCUGAGAUGCUACUCGACCGUAACGCCACCAUAGUGGAGGAGGGAAGUCAAAGAUCAGGUAUGCCCGUACGCAACGGACCAUACAAAAGCUCGGAAGCACUCAUGGACACGACUUUAAAACAGGCUCAGUGGAGCAGCCCUGACCGCCAGGUAAACGGACACACCGAACUGAGUCGCGUUCGCUCGGGUGUGGUAGGUCGAGGCACGAAUGGAGGUGUCGGUUACAGUGAGAUUCUCAUGGAUUAUGUCUGGGGAAAGCAACAGAAGAUGCAGGCGCAGCAACAACAAAGGCUGCAUGUCCAGAACGGUGCAAAAACGUGUCCGUGGCCUGAGUGUUCCAAUGCUCCGCCCCCACCCUACAAGAAUGGAUUUCCCCAGUCACAGCAGCUUAUCCUGGGCACUGGUCCUCCGGCAUACAGCCCCCUGAUGCUGAGAGGCAAACCUGGAGAGCCACGGAGGGUCAAAGUGACCCGCACAAAGUCCUGUGGCCCGUUUGUGCCCACACAACAACACCAGCAAGAGUCUGUCGUACUCUCUGCAUAUACGGAGACCACAACGUCCAAUGCCAUUAAUGCAAUGCAUAACCAGCCGACGGACAACCCCCACAGACCGCCCCAGUAUCCCUUCGAGUCGUCCGCCCCCACGACCCCUGACGACCCCACACGCAGCCUGCACAAGGCCCUAGCGCUAGAGGGGUUGAGAGACUGGUAUCUGCGCAACGCAAUGGGGCAGACGGUCAAUGGAGCGAAGUGCAAAGAGGGGACACAGACUCAACGCAGGCGUACAACGUCCUCUCUGCACAACUCGCACCCACCUCCGCCCCUCAAACACCAGCCACAGUCCUUUCAAGGAGACACACCCUAUCCACAGCUGCCCCAGUCGGCCAUGUUUCAUGGUCAUCCUCUACAUGGAAGGUCAGUGGAGCUCUCUUCGUACCAUGACAACUUUUCAUCUAAAAUGCAGGAUAUGACAAUUAAAGAGACCAGUAAUGACAGACCCACACCAGGCACGCUGGUCUGACAUGCAAAUAAAGAAACUCACUCUUGCGUACAUCUCAUGCAAACACAAAGAGACUAAAGCAAACACCAGCUCAUGUGUGAAUGGAAUGACAGACUGAAUUCCAUGCUUCCUUUCACAUCAAUUCAACUGUCAGAAUGAAAUAAUUUAGACACUUGUGGUCGAAGAUUUUCGGCAUGAAAUCUAGCCCAUCUCUGGAUUCCUGUUGGCAUACUAACAGUUUAUAUAAUUCAGUAAAUUACCUUUCUUAUCAAUAAAAGUAAACACAAGCUAUGGCAGAGAUUUGCCAGAAAAAAAACAUGCAAACCACACACAAUAUGGCAGAUUAUUCCCAUUAAUAAGAGUUAUUUUCAUGGUCCUACUGUAUUCUAUGGCACUAUUUCCUUGAUUAAUUUGCCACAAUAUACAAAGAGAUCUUGUUUUUCAUGAGAAUCCAUUUUUAUUCAGAAAGACCUUCCAAAAGAAGCAUUAGACACUUAAAGGGAUAGUUCACCCCAAAAAAAGUCAUAAUUUACUCACCCUCAUGUCAUUCCAAACCCAUAUGACAUUAUUUCUUCUGUGGAACACAAAAGAUGUUAGGCUGUAUAGUAAAAUGUUGCAGUGAAAGUGAAUGGUGACUGAGGCUGCCAUAUCUACUUGAAUGGCGAAAGAUCAAAAAUCAUAAAAACAGUUGGUCAAGAUUAUGAUCAAAUAACAUUUUUCAAAUCAGAAGUAAGAUCUGACAACAGUGGUUUCAUAAAUUGUGAGAAAAACAACAACACAAUUUUUCAGGCUGGUCCAGCUAAUGUGUGUGUUUUUUAGUAAACUGAAAGGUGAUUGGCUCUUUCACCUGUAAGGCGGGACUUCCUUUUCUACAUCCCCCAUAUAGAGCUGUUCAGCUUGUAGUCCAGAAACCCAGAAGAGAAUUCGCCAUGGGUUCCCUCUGGAUUUUCGUAUGGGAAAAAUAAGGACUGUGGUAAACAUUACAUGAUGAUACAUGGACAUUUUGUUCUACAACAUAAAUUAAACACUUUCAAACAUCAAACGUGAAUUUUGAAGCUGUAUUGAUGCUUGGUGGUUUCAAAAUUCACAUUUGAGGUGUGAAAGUGUGUUAUUUAUAUUGAAAACAUAUUGUAUUGUCAAACAAUGUUUACCACAGACCUUAUUUUACACACAAGUCCAAAAACCCCAUUAUAAAAACCCAUUGGAAAAUCUGGAGGGAACCCGUGGCGAAUUAGACUUCCGGGUUCACCUACAAAUUGACGUCAAGGCUGAACAGCUCUAUUCAUCUUAUUCAGCCCCGGCCAUUUUCAGCACUCCGCUCUUCAGAAUUUUGUCAUCUAACUUCCUGUUUGUGUUGAAGCUACUGAGAAGAAUCGAUCAAAAUGGAUUACGUGUGCGAGCACAAAGUAUUUUUCACAUUCAGACAGCUAUGACACACUGCACUUUUUCAUGAUACAAGCACUUAAUUGUUAUACAUGUAAUUCUGCUUAAUUUUUUAGGUUUCAAAUUAAUAAUUUGUGUUGAAAUGUGUAGUUGACAUGAAAUUUCAAACAGGACACCUCUUAUUAUUUUACAUGCAAGUUCAUAACAUUCCAUGACAUUAUUUCUUUUUUAAUGCUUAAAGUUGAUUAAAAUAGUUGCAAACAGUUAGUUCCGGUCCUCGAAUCUGAUUGGACGAGAGACAUUCCAUGAGUACUGAUGGUCUCAUGCCAUCAGCACACUUACACUUCACUGUGUAUCACUCCGCUUGUGUUCGUGUCGUUCUAAACUAAUGUGUAAGAGCAGUGCAUAUGUGUUAAGAGCUAUAUGUGUCUCUUUACCUUUAAUAUUGUGUCAUUACAUAUUUUAGCCAGCAGAUGGUGGCAAAAGACCAUUUUUGUGUGUAAUAUGAGCCAGGUGAUGUGAAGUGAGUCAGCGUCAGUCAGUGUUUUCAUUCAUCAGCACUACGUGAUCGCUCGGAUUACAACUACACUACUAAAGCUAGGAAAUAGCUUUAAACGGCUUUAAACUAACAACUUCAGCAUUAAAGCUCAUCACAGCUGAGAGACACAACAGACUGAUUAAUUACACAAACUCAAGGCGCUUACCUCUUACCGUAGUUUCCACAUUGGCGAGGACAUACUGUUCAAAAUGGCGGAGGAGAUUGCGGUUUCAAUAGUGAAUGACUCUUGUGCACAGGCUUCUGUGAAAUAGGGAGGAAUACCCCCACUUUUCCACUGAGAAAACAGGAUGAAUUUGACCAAAAUUACAUUAUCUUCAGAAAGCUGACUAACACACUACAGAUUCUGGACAACUUUUUAUUUUCAUUGAUCGUGUUGCUCUAAAUAAUCUUUUACGCAUAGUUAUGUGGGUUGGAAUGGAAUUUCAAGCAUUGUCAGCAGUGUCUUAUACAAUUAAAAUAAUCUAAAACUAUAUAAAACAGCAUUUUCUUAUUUUGUUUAACUUUAAUGGGUAACACUAACGGUUUUAAAAGUUAACAUAGUUAAUACAAUAUGAACUAACAUGAACAAACAAUAAACAGUUUUUAUAAAUUGAUAUUAGCCAAGAUUAAUAAAUGCUGGACAAUUGUAUUAUAAAUUAUUAAUAAUGACUAAUGCAAACCUUAUUGAACAAUGUUACCCAGUAAUUAUCAUACUUGCAGUUUCCAUGACACCCCCUGAACACUUUAAAAUACUCAUGAUAUUCUUUUGGCAACUCUAUAACCUGUAAAUCCACUUCGCUAGCUAAUUACACUUUGACAUCAACACCACUGAUAUUUAUAUAGAACCGCUUGACCGGAAUAUCAAAGAUACAAUUUUCAAAAUGUCUGCACGCAAGUUUCUCUAGCGCAUAAGGUGAAUUCGGCGUUCCAAUUUCUCCAAUGCAUUUUAAUACAAGUGCUCCGUCCAGUGUUAAUCUUGUCAACGAAAUCACUGAUGAAAACGUUUGUUGACGAAGGGUUUUUAGAUUUUGUCAACGAUAACGAAAACCAGAUGAAAAACACGCAUCAUGAUGAUAAUUGAACUAUUUUAUCAAAGCAUACUGUUGACGAAAACAUGAUGGGAAAAAAAUUACAGUGCAUGCGAGUUGUACCAAAAUCUUUCUAGCAAGUCAGUUCACUGUCGGCCAUCUUUGGAGUGCUCCCAGGAGGCUAUUUCCAGUCAUGACAGUGCAGUUCCUAUUUACUUGAAUGGGGGAACACCGAAAUCUCAAAAAUGGUUGUCAAGAUUAUGAUCAAAGAGCAUAUUUUAAAUCAGCAGUAAAAUCUGACAAAACUGGUAUCAUACAUUGUGCUUUUUUGUCGCUGUCCUUUUCUGCGUAUCGCAGAGGCCCAUUUGGCAUAACACGGCAGCCCAUUUCAGCUUAUCGCCACCCGUUCGGCACCGUCUCACGGCCGGUGUUGUGUCGAAGUCUGUUCUCCCUAUGUUUCCCCUUAGUUUAUUGUCGAAAUCUUUUCCCCCUAUGUUUAAUGUUUAAUGCCGCUGUCGAGCUCUGUUCCCACUAUGUUUCCCUUAGGUUAUUGUUGAAGUCUGUUACCCCCUAUGUUUAAUGUUUAACGGCGCUAUGGGGAACACUAACCUAAGGGGAAACGUAGGGGAACAGACUUCAAUACAACACCGGCCCACCGGGAAAAAUCCCGGUUCUCCCGAUGGGCAAUCUGCCCCUGAACACCAGCAAAGGGAACAUGGGUUAAUUACCCCACUCAAACACAUCCUAUUUAUACAUGAGAUUAAUAUCUAUAUCCACAACAUAUAUACAACUUAUCAUUACAGAAAAUGAAGCGAAUGAACAGGUGAACUUGAACUCAAUUUCACACCUAGUCAUAAUAUGCGUAACUUGCGUCAUUUCCGUUAAAAACACGCUACAUGCAAUGCAGUAUCCCUAACUGGCUAAAAUAAUUCAGAGUCUUCAGAGUUCAGUAGGCUAACUUCUAAAGAGUAUCUAAUAUUUCAGUGUACUCAUAUGCUCUUAUUUCAGGAGCUCACAUUUUCACAACAAGGGCAGUUGUACAGUAUUUUGUAUGUAGCCUAUCUUUUAUAUGUUUAAUGCAUGUAUAAAUUAAGAAUUUUUUUUUUCUAAAUGCUUGAAUAUUUGAUUAAAGUUUGGUUUUUUACAGUUUAACACAAGUUUUUGUCAUUUUGCACAUUAUCAUCAACUAUUUUCGUUGACUAAAAUUAUAUUACAUUUUACUGAGAGUAAAACUGACUAAAAUGAGUGAAUAUGACAUGAUGACUUAACAUAAAAAAUUUAAAUUUAAAGGACAUUUUCAUCAAAAGACUAAAACUAUGACUAAAACUAAAAGAACUGUGGUUUCGUCUCAGGCUACAGUAAAUUGUCUCUGGCCUACCAUCUCCUUUUGUGUUCCAUGGAAGAACACAAGUAUUAAAUGUAUUUCAUAUAAUAAAUCACAUUAAAUAUUAUUUGGGUGCACUAUCCCUCUAAGACCCUUUGAAAAAAUCAGGAUGCUUUUAAAAAUAAUAGUAAUAAUUUCUAUGCAAAUUACAAUCAAAAUUACUGUGUUAUGACAAAAGAGAUAAAUUGAUACUUGUUUCUGAAAUACAGAGUUGCAGUUUAAAAAGAAAACCAAGCUAAAUGUCAAACUUUGACAGACUGUUAUAGAGUCAGUGACUCACCGUAUUUCAUGAAAUAUUUAAUCCCGUAAGUAAUUUAUUACUAAAUUUGAAUGAUGUGGAGAAGCUUAAAUGUGAUUAUUCAGGGUGAUUAAGAUGAAUGGCACAAAGGUCGCUGUGCGGCUCAAACGAUGUAAUCUCAUAUUUAUGAUUUUCUUUAUCCUCAGGCUGUUACUGUAUAUGCUAGUAUUACUUUACACACUGACAAAGUAAAUACAGCUUAAAGUAUAAAUGACUUUUGACUUAUUUUAAGUAUUAUGUAUAACAACCACCACUAGGAGGAGCCCCAUCAUCUGUUUUCUUGGGUUCUGGAUCCUUACAAAUCAACAGCAAUACCCACUGCAGAUGUAUGCAAAACGGCCUGCCCAGGUGCUGUGCUUGUCACAAGAAUAACCAGCUUCUUGUGUGUACAGUCUUAAUUGCAACUGUGCAUUGUUUUUCUUAUCGGAUUGACUGCAGAUGUCAAUAUUUACUGUAUUGCUCUGUAAUUAGAUUGAAUGAAAUUAAAAGGACUAAUUAGCCGAAUUGGGACCUUGCCAAGACUAGCAAUUUUCCUGCAGCCCCAUUUAGAAUCUAAUAUAUUUGAUGAUUUGGGAUACUCAGAAUGUGGCAUAGCUUACUAAUGCCAGGAUGCCAACCUUUGACCAUCGUGCCUAGCAAAUGCAAACGGCGAAGACAUUGAAAAACAGUGAUUUAUCACAAUGUGCAUUUAUCACAGCCAGAUUAAAUAUAGAAUUAGGCUCCUGCAUUAAAACUACCAUCAGAAUGUACUUGCUUGUUUGGUUAGAACUUAAAGGCACAGUGCAUUUGAAAAUGAAAAUUGUAUUAUUGUUUACUCGCCCUCGUGUUUUUUUUUUUCAAAUGCAUAUGACUUUUUCUCUUCUGUGGAACACAAAAGGACAUGUUAGGCAGCCUCAGUCACCAUUCACUUUCAUAGAAUAGAAUGGAAAAAAGAUGCAAGUGAAAGGUGACUGAGACUAAUGUUCACAUAACAUUAACAUCUCCUUCUGUGGUCCAUGGAAGAAAGUAAGUAAAAUGGGUUUGGAACAACAUAAGGGUGAAUAAAUAAUAAUAAUAAUAAAUGUAAUUUCUGCAUGCACUGCUCCUUUAAAAACAACAAAAUAGACAACCAAGGGGUUGGAUUGCUGGCUAAUCCACUCUACAAAAAGUAAUUUGUUUUUUAAAGUGUUAGUGCUACCUUUUGUAAAAUCCUUGCUAUACCAGUGCAUGCAGGUAUCUGUUAAUUCUACUUUAUUCCUCCUAAGAAUCACCUACUGUUGUCCAAUAAUUUCAGAUUGUUAUAUUGUCAUUGAAUCAUUUACUGCAUUAUGUAGGCAACUUGGUGUAGGUUUUGAAAAGCUUCUACAUGUCAGAUGCCUUCACCAUGAAUAUAUCUGUAAUACUGCGCUGACAGUUGAACUGACCGAAGCAAUCUAAACUUUCUCAGAUGUUGGGCAUAGAGCUCUAACUUUGUCACCAAAAUGCUGCCAUGCUUGUCUCAGGACUACACUGAAAGCUGCUUUGAUUGUGGUCUGUCCAUUUUAAAAUCAACACCACUAAUGCAUGGGAGUGUCACCGAUAGUAAUAACUUUUUUUUUUUUUUUAUUAUUAUUUUUUUUUUUAACUCAACUGACCUUUGAGAAGGUUUAUGAAUGUUUAGACAUUUUAGGUCAUCUUUAUCAAAACAUUUAGUCAUUUUUGAAGAUAAUCUUAUGUGAAAUAUGAUUAUUUCAUUGAUAACAAACACAGAUAAUGAUCUAAUAGAUGAUGGAUAUGAAAGGAAGGAUAAAAUAAAUUUAUUUUUGAUUAAAGAUAAAUAACUUAAUAAUAAUUGAUGAUUUAAAAUUAUAACAUGGAAGACAAUUAAAACUAAUAAAGUUUGUAAUAUCUAUUUUGAUUCUACAUCAUGGUACCAAAUGCUAACACUGAUUGAAAAUGUUCCCUCCAUGCUUUGGAUACUUUUGGAGAUUGUAUUUCCCAGGUUUCAUUUAAAAGUUCCUUAUCUAAAACUCUUUGUUUAAAAAAAAUAAAAAAUAAAAAUAAAAAAAUACUUCUCCUUGUUCUUUAACUGCUGUUUUCCUGCUACUCUGUUUUAUUACUUUUGAAAGAACCCUUUCCAAAUUGUAUAAAAUUGGCUUUUUUCCUUUUGUUUUCAACAUUUUAUAUCUCCAUUGAAAUAAAGAAAACAAAUGAAAGAACGUUACAA